AUGCAACAAAGAAACGUGCAUCGGUGGCACGCGCCGGCCUGCCGCCAUCCCGAUGUUGAGGUCCUGAUAGACCAUACACCAUAUUGCCGCACUUGUGGCCACACGCCUCGCGUUACAGACGUUGUCGCGAAUAAGGUGUCGGCCGGCUCCAUACCGAGAGUUCCGCCAGACGUUCGUUUGGGAGAGCUUGAUCUUUGGUGGCCCCGAUCUGUAUGCUAUCUCAAGUCUGCUGCUCCGCCACUGUCACCGUGCCCGAAGCCCGUAUCACAACCACCAAGGAAGUUUGAGCCAGAGAUCCCCGAACCGUUUCGUCUCAUUUGUCUCGAAGCUGCGGCCUCGCCGGGCGAUCCAAUCCAUUUGAUGCUCGAAGUUUACUGCCUGGACAACUGCCCAGAAUACGAGACAGUCUCCUACACCUGGGCUGGAGAAGAUGGAGAUGGCAGGCUUUGUAAGCCCAUAUACAUAGGAAAGUACUGGGACCUUCUCCUUCAAACCAACAACUGCUGGGAGAUGUUGCGAUUCAUGCGACCCCGUCGCUGGACACGCCUCAUUUGGGUUGAUGCGAUAUGCAUUAACCAGAGCAACAUCAGGGAGAGAAACCAGCAAGUGGGCAAUAUGGGAAGAAUCUAUUCUGCCUGCAGCCGCGUCGUUGUCUAUCUGGGGCCUGACAUUGCUGUUCCGCUACACGAUAGACAUCCUCGCCGUCGAAGAUUGCAUGAGUUGGCGAGCGACGCCGUUAAGCUUGAUUUUGCUCCCUCGCAGCGAAUCCACGAGGAUCUUCCGGAUGAACAACGACCCCCUCCUCCACCACACAACCUAGGAGACUUACUGCGACGUCGAUUCUUUUCCCGAAUUUGGGUUGUGCAGGAGCUUCUGUUGACACGAAGCGUUGUGAUCAGGGUUGGGGAUGUAGACUUUUGGGCUGAUGUCGGCAUGAGGUCGCAGUUUCGAUCAAAGCUCCCAGAUUGGGACUGGGGGGCCACCUCGGCGGCAUGGGUACAGCAUACUUCAAAGGGGAGAGGGUGUGUCAGAGAUCUCAAGGAGCUCCUCUCCUUGACCUCGCUAUCGGAAGCCACCGAUCCGCGUGAUCGGAUCUUUGGGUUGCUUGGUAUCAUACCAGUCUCAGCGUCAGCAGAUCACAACGAAGAGGCUUUAGCAAUAUCGAGUCUCACGGACUUUGAGGCUGACUAUUCUCUUUCCUGUCAGCACGUGUUCAUUGGGUUGUUUGCAUACUGUCUGAUCAACCUGCAGCAGUCUAAUAUUCUCUAUCAUGCAGCAUGCCUCUCCUCGAACCGCCGACAUUUUCCGUCAUGGAUGCCCAACUGGAAUUCAACGGUUACUUGGAGAAUUCUGUUUUGCUCGCCCAAUCUGACGGCUGAGGAUUUGUUCAAUGAACUUCAGAGAUUGAUAGACAUCGACAGCCACCUGUUUGAACUGUUUUCGCUCUGUGGUCCUGGUAAACCCGAGAUCACCGCGCAACGCCGCUGGGAUAAGGAUGCAUAUGUCGACGCCACCUCGGGGUCGCUCAAUAUUUAUCUAACGCAAUACAUGCACUUGACGAGAAAAUUGAGGCUCAUUGGCAGGCUGAAGGAAUUCUAUAUCUUUGUUGCACAUUUCAGGAUGGUCUCAGUCUAUCUCGUGUCCGAAUACAGACUCGACGUAAUGAUUUCAGACGACGAUCAAGUUGAGCUGUUCAUACUUGCCAACAAUGGCACUCUCACCUACCUUCUGCUAAGGCGCGAAGCGGAUGAAGAUGGAGAGGAAAGGCACAGCCUCGUGUCUGCGUGUCCCUUUGUCUUUAUUCGUUUCCCUGCUGAUCUGAGCCAAAACAUUAUACCAGAGCUGCGUCCUCUCUUCCUCUACAAUCUGCAAUACAGCCUGCAUGAUUUCGCCAUGGAAAUUGGAUCAAUAUUAGAUCGCUCCAUGUUGGCUCUAAUGGGGGAAAAUAUGAGAGGAGUGUUCCCGGGGUUGCGAACAUACAGAGAUGCGAUGCCAGUGGUGAGGUUCCUCUUCGAGCAGCAGGAAGACCUGCAAAAGAUGGGCGUCACAAACGUCGGAGAGGAAAUCGAAAUCGCUUUUGCGCACAAGUUCGCCAGCUGCAUAGAUGCGAAAUACUCGCCGCGCGUCCAUGGGGACUCCAUCAUCAUCACCCUGUCCACCGCCUGGGAGAAGACUCGCAAUGUCUAUAUUACCCAAGCAGGUUGGUUGAGCCGCCGUCUGCAAUCCGAGGUACCAAACUGGCAUGUUCGCAUCCGCGGCUCAGAAGAUGGUUGGACAGUUCCGAUCCUAUCUCAUUCGAAGUACAAAAAAACAUUCCAACCGGGCCAAGAGAAGUUUUAUGACGUAGAGUUCAAGGCUCAAAAGGCCCUAGAACUGCUGCUAAGAUCCCCUGAUCUAGAAUUGGCUUUCAAGGAGCUACACGAGUUGUCAUUUCACACCCAGGAGACAGAUGACUCCUUGUGGGAACUGGUGACUACCGACGCAAGCGAGAAAUAUCAAUUCAGAGCCUGUCCUAAAUAUGGGGUUACUAACAUUAGUCUCGAGAUUCUGAUCCUGUGUAAUGAUAUCGAUAUGGAUUGUGGCACGUUUAUGGUAACUAUCGUUUAG